CAAAAUGGCAGACUCCAUGAUAUUCGCUGUGACAAUAUAUAUCGCGUAGAAAAUCGUAUUAGGUGAACGGCAUCAACAAUUCCAACAAGAUUGAUCAUCACGACAUGACAUGGAGCCGGAUGAUCAAUCAAGCCUGUGGCAGUGCAGAAUCUGCAGUCAGCCGUACAGCACCAGCUCAAACCUAAAUCGACACAUGAAGAUACACGAAGUGAAGCAAUUCAAAUGUGAAAGAUGCCUAAAAACAUUCACACUCAAGCAGCAUCUGAAUAACCAUCAGAAACUCCAUGACAAGCAGGACUCUGCACCACAAAUUCGUUAUUUUAAGAAGGGGGAGGCACUCAUGAAGGCCAGUGAAGAGGCUAAGCGAUAUGAAAACUUCUUGAAGCUUCAAAAGGUGGUGGUUGAAAAGACUUGGUGUGACCCAGUCACAGCAGAAGCCAUGGCCAAAAGCAAGGCUGGUGAGGCCUGGAGAGGCGAGGUAAAGCUGACCUUCGGCAAGUACAUCAACAUGACCUUCAGAUGGCUAGUAGAAAAUGAUGUGGGAUGGCUGAAGUGGCUGCUCGUUCAACAUGCCACAAAGAAGGAGUGCAACCCACUGAUGCUGUGGCUGAAGAAAACUUUAUGGGACUAUGCCAGCCAAUUUCCAGAAGUGAUGUGCCAUGUCGACUGUGAUCUGAAGAAACAGAAGAAGCAAUUAGAGCCAUCGAAGGCGGAACAGCCAUAUGAGCGUGAUGUGUCAAAGGGGGAAGAGCCGUCUGAGUUCAUUGAUGACAAGGACCUCUUAGAAAUGGCAGAUAAUCUACUGACAACAUCCGAAUUGGGUGUAAAGACCCAAAUAACGAUGGCUCGGGAUCUGCUGGAAGCCAGCACAAGCAUUCCAGAGACCGUUACGAGCAUUCCAGAGACCGUCACCGACCCAGGACUCGAAGGGUGGCAGAAGUCAUGGGAAGAGCCUCCACCCAACACCUUGCCGAUGUAUCAGCCCAACAUCCAGUGGCUUAAGAACGAUCCAGUGUUUGGGCUGUACACCAAAGAAGGAUCAAGAAAGGUUCUUAAACCCAUGAUGAUCUUCAACCCGCCCCCACUCUUCAGUCGCGUAGAAAGCACUCUUCCCUCAAUGCUGUCCUUCUUCAGGACACCGACUUUCUUUUGGAGGCCAGUCGGUGUCAUGCAGUUGAAGGUGCCUUGCCCCAACACCGAUUGCCCGGCACCAUCAGGGUAUAGCCUUGUCCGCCAUGGAUAUGGGAGUGUCGCCCGCACCGUGUUUGGGAUGAAAUUCCCGUACACGCUCCUCACAGAGCGCCUCAUCUGCCACCACUGCAUGGAGAAGCGCAGGUCUGCUUCAGACAAGGAGAAGCUCCAGUACUCCUGGAAUUCCUCGAGCUCAAGUGUUCUCCAGCAACUUGCCCCCGCAGUGAGGAGUAUGUUCCCUGCCGUCAUUGUGGGAAAGCGGGCAGUGGACAAGGAAGUCGUUACCCUCCUAACCGACCGCAUCAACUCGGUCUCCAUGUCUAAGGUGUACCGCGUGCUGGAGAUGGGUCACGGCGAGUGGUAUGCAGAGAGGAGGGAUUGGUACCAGACACUACUCUACAAGGCACACUCUGCUGAGUCCUCGGGCACAUCUCAACGAGGAAUCCUGCCAUUCAUCAAGUCGCCUGGUACAUACACCCCUCCUCUCCCACAGAUGCCGCUCCCUUCUCCCCGCACGCUCCGUCGGGCACAUCUGAUAGUGGAGAUGGAAAGGAUGCCUGUCUAUCGCCAGAGCAUAUUGAGCGUCACCGGAGAGAUUCUCUGCAUUGAUGGAACUAAACAGAUCCUCAAAAAGGUGUAUGGUGACGGCCAGGGUACCAUGCAUUUUCUAACAAGCAUUUUGAACGAGUGGGGCCAGUUCGUAACGGCAGUGGUCGUGGCAUCCGAAUCAGAGGAAUGUUACCAAAGGCUCGCCCGUGGACUCAGCUCGAGAUUCAGGCGUGCAAAUGCCCCAGCCCCAAAAGUGUUGUACACUGACAAUAACUGCUGCAGGGAUGGUGGUACCUCCUGGAAUGGAGUCCCCUGUUUGGUGACUGGGUGCAAGGGGGACGGGAUGCUCAUGCCGUCUGAUAUCGCCAACUGGCCUGCACAGAUGGGACGCCGUCUGUUAUCGAAAUCAAACCCCACAGCAAUACGGGGAUCAUAG